AGGCUGCACCCACCGCCCGCCGCAGGAAGCAUGGAGUCCUUCAGCUCGAAGAACCUGGCCCUGCAGGCGGAGAAGAAGCUACUGAGCAAGAUGGCAGGUCGGUCUGUGGCUCAUCUCUUCAUCGACGAGACCAGCAGCGAGGUGCUGGACGAGCUCUACCGGGUGUCCAAGGAGUACACGCGCAGCCGGGCCCAGGCGCAGCGGGUCAUCAAGGACUUGGUCAAGGUGGCCGUCAAGGUGGCCGUGCUGCACCGCAACGGCAGCUUCGGGGCCCCCGAGCUGGCCCUGGCCGCCCGCUUCCGCCAGAAGCUGCAGCAGAGCGCCAUGACCGCGCUCAGCUUCGGCGAGGUGGACUUCACCUUCGAGGCGGCCGUGCUGGCCGGCCUGCUGACCGAGUGCCGGGACACGCUGCUGGCGCUGGUGGAACACCACCUCACGCCCAAGUCCCACGGCCGCAUCCGCCAUGUGUUCGAUCACUUCUCGGACCCCGGCCUGCUCGCUGCCCUCUACGGGCCCGAGUUCGCUCAGCACCGCACCAAGAUCUGUGACGGGCUCCGGAAGCUGCUGGACGAGGGGAAGCUGUGAGGGCCGCGCCAGCGCCCCCGCCCGGCCAGGGGCUGCCUGGGAGACAGGCGGCGGCUUCCUAACCCUGCUCACCGCACUAACGCGCUUCAGCCUUCCCCAGAGUGCUCGGGACUCAGGGCCCACCCCGCCCCCAAACUGUUGGUGGAGAGGCAGCAAGGCUGAGGGUGAAGGCCUCUCUCCUGCUCCGGCCCCAGGACAGGACACGAAGGGGCCUGAGAAAGAUGAAGUGAAACCUGGAUCUCCAUUUCCCGUACAGGGGCAUCUGAAACAGGGAGGCCCCCUCCCUGUGAACCAGGGGACGGGCGAGCCCACGAACCCUUCUGGGGACACUAGAGACGGGGCCGGGGGUUCCUCAGAUGCCGGUCCUAGGCCCACGUUCCAGACUGCAGGGAGACGCUCAGAGGGAAAAUAAAACGACUAAAACGCGCACAGGGCUGAAUGUUUAAUGUCCCAGCUUCCCUGCCCCGGGCGGCCAGAGGAAGGCGGCACGGGAGGCGCCCUCAGGCCGCUCCCGCCAUCUCCACGCCGCAGCCAGACGCCCGGGCUCCCUGGCCCGCGUGCGGUCACGAGGCUCACACCCCCGUGCGGUCAGUGCAGCCACCGCGAAUGAAUCCGCGGCGCGGGGCAAGGCCACAGUGAGCCCGCCCCCGUGGGCCUGAGAGACGCCCCGGGUCCUUCUCCUGACGUCAGGCCGCAGGCUGCCCUCCUGAGCCUCCGCAGAGGCCGCAGCGAGGGGGCAGAAGUGAGCCGGCGCAGGAGACGCUGUUCCCCUCAGAGUUCCGAGGGCAGCGCCAGGGCAGCGUGCGAUGGGCCGUCCGGCCUGAGCCCAAAUGCUGCCUGAGGCGGCGGUGCGGCCGGCAGUCCAGGGCCCUCAGCAGGCUGGGCGCCGGCUGCCCUGUCCUCAGGAACGUGCCGGGCCAAGGAGGGGACAGCAGUCCCGCCCCCUUUGCCUGGGCUGCCCGCGGCCCCCAGUCUAGACAUGAACUCUCUCAGCUAAGGACGGGGCAGCAAAACGCAGCAAAUAAAUACCACUCGGAAUAGCACCAAAAGCAGAUCACACCCG